AUGAAAGCUGUACGGUUCCACGGACAGAAAGAUAUCAGGCUAGAAGAGGUGGAAGAGCCAGAAUGUGGACGAGGACAGAUCAAGAUCAAGCCCGCAUUUUGCGGCAUCUGCGGCACAGAUCUCCAUGAGUACCUUGGCGGAGCAAACCUGAUCCCCAAAGACACACCGCAUCCUAUCACCAACGAGACCCUGCCGCUUGCUCUCGGCCACGAAUUCUCCGGCAUAGUCGAAGAGGUUGGGGACGAAGUGCAGGGUUUCAAAGCUGGUGACCGAGUCUGUGUUCAACCCACAAUCUAUGAUGGUGAAUGCCUCUCUUGCAGACGCGGUCUAGUCAACUGCUGUGACAAGAAUGGUUUCGUUGGUCUUAGCGGAUGGGGUGGUGGGAUGAGCGAGCAUAUUGUGCUGCCUCAAGAUUCAGUCAAGAAGUUGCCGGAUAAUAUUAGCCUGGAAGUUGGAGCUUUAGUGGAACCUUUAGCUGUGGCAUGGCAUGCCCUAUCUAUCUCGCCAUAUAAGCCAGGCGAUCGGGUGCUUGUCCUUGGUGGAGGUCCGAUAGGUCUCGCUGUUGUCCAAGUGCUGAAAGCACGAGGAUGUGAUAGUAUCAUUUUAUCGGAAAUAUCCCCUCGACGAAGGCAAUAUGCCAAAGAAUUUGGCGCUCACCAUGUGAUCGAUCCAACCAAAGACGACGUUGUGGCCGAGGUCACCAAGUUGACCCACGGUGAAGGGGUAGAAAUCGCAUUUGAUGCGGCUGGUGUUCAGGUUGGCGUUGACAGUGCGAUGCUUGUAAUCAAAGCACGUGGAACGCUGGUCAACAUCGCGGUAUGGGAGAAGAGAGCAACACUGAACAUUAAUCAGCUUGUCUUCCGAGAAAGGGCAUAUAUUGGGACUGCAUGUUAUGCACUAGGUGAUUUUGAGCUGGUCAUUGAUGCAAUCAGCACAGGAAAAUUGACUCCUGAAGCGAUGAUUACAAGGAAGAUCAAGUUGGAUGAAGUUGAAGAGAAGGGUUUCAAUGCCCUCAUCAAUGACAAGGAUAAUCAUGUCAAAAUACUGGUUGAUAUUGGAGCCUCUACCUCACAAUAG